UGGGAAGAAAUUGGUGAAGUUGAUGAAAAUUAUGCGCCUAUCCACACAUACCAAGUAUGCAAAGUUAUGGAGCAGAAUCAGAAUAACUGGCUUUUGACCAGUUGGAUUUCCAAUGAAGGUGCUUCCAGAAUCUUCAUAGAACUCAAGUUUACUCUACGGGACUGCAACAGUCUCCCUGGUGGCCUGGGAACCUGUAAAGAAACUUUUAACAUGUAUUACUUCGAGUCAGAUGAUGAAAAUGGGAGAAACAUCAAGGAAAAUCAGUACAUCAAAAUUGAUACCAUAGCUGCUGAUGAGAGCUUUACUGAACUUGAUCUUGGUGACCGUGUCAUGAAACUGAACACAGAGGUCAGAGAUGUUGGACCUCUAAGCAAAAAAGGAUUUUAUCUGGCUUUUCAAGAUGUGGGCGCUUGCAUUGCUCUAGUUUCUGUGCGUGUGUACUAUAAAAAAUGCCCUUCUGUGGUAAGACACUUGGCUGUAUUCCCUGACACAAUCACCGGAGCUGAUUCUUCACAGUUGCUUGAAGUGUCAGGCUCCUGUGUCAACCACUCAGUGACAGAUGAGCCACCCAAAAUGCAUUGCAGCGCUGAAGGGGAGUGGCUGGUGCCCAUCGGGAAAUGCAUGUGCAAGGAAGGCUAUGAAGAGAAAAAUGGCACCUGUCAAGUGUGCAGACCUGGGUUCUUCAAAGCCUCACCUCACAGCCAGAGCUGCAGCAAAUGUCCACCUCACAGUUAUACCCAUGAGGAAGCUUCAACCUCUUGUGUCUGUGAAAAGGAUUAUUUCAGGAGGGAGUCUGAUCCACCCACAAUGGCAUGCACAAGACCCCCCUCCGCUCCUCGGAAUGCCAUCUCAAAUGUUAAUGAAACUAGUGUCUUUCUGGAAUGGAUUCCUCCUGCUGACACUGGUGGAAGGAAAGAUGUGUCAUAUUAUAUUGCAUGCAAGAAGUGCAACUCCCAUGCAGGUGUGUGUGAGGAGUGUGGCGGUCAUGUCAGGUACAUCCCCCAGCAAAUCGGCCUGAAAAACACCUCUGUCAUGAUGGUGGAUCUACUCGCUCACACAAACUAUACCUUUGAGAUUGAGGCAGUGAAUGGAGUGUCCGACUUGAGUCCAGGAACCCGGCAGUAUGUGUCUGUAAAUGUAACCACAAAUCAAGCAGCUCCUUCUCCAGUUACCAAUGUGAAAAAGGGGAAGAUUGCAAAAAACAGCAUCUCUUUGUCAUGGCAAGAACCAGAUCGCCCUAAUGGGAUCAUCCUGGAAUAUGAAAUUAAAUAUUUUGAAAAGGACCAAGAGACCAGCUAUACAAUUAUCAAAUCCAAGGAGACAACUAUAACUGCAGAGGGCUUGAAACCAGCUUCAAUAUAUGUCUUCCAAAUUCGAGCUCGUACCGCAGCAGGCUAUGGUGUCUUCAGUCGAAGAUUUGAGUUUGAAACCAUCCCAUUGUCAGUAGCAGCAUCCAGUGAUCAAAGCCAGAUUCCUAUAAUUGCUGUGUCUGUGACAGUGGGAGUCAUUUUGUUGGCAGUGGUUAUCGGCUUCCUCCUCAGUGGAAG